UGAGUGUGCGUCAGGCAGCGUCAGAGGAAGAGUGGAGCCAACAUGGCGUCUCCCACCGCUCUGCCGCUGCUGCUGUGGUGUUUAGCUUCGUGUUCGCUGCCGAUCCGCGGCUCCACACUUGUGUCUGAGCCUUGUUACAAACCCAUCAGGGACCACAGAGCACGAUCCGUCAGGACCCAGGCCCGGCCUCAUGAGUACCUGAAGGUGUCGGACCUUCCUCCGUCGUGGGACUGGAGGAACAUCCAGGGAAAGAACUAUGUGAGCAUCACCAGGAACCAACACAUCCCACAGUACUGUGGCUCCUGCUGGGCCAUGGGAGCCACCAGUGCAAUAGCCGACCGUAUCAACAUCAAGCGAGGAGGCGCGUGGCCGUCGGCGUACCUGUCCGUCCAGAACGUGAUCGACUGCGGGGGGGCGGGCUCUUGCUUCGGAGGAGAUCACCUCGGAGUCUACGCAUACGCCCACGAGCAAGGCAUCCCGGACGAAACCUGCAACAACUACCAAGCCAAAAACCAAAAGUGUGAGCUGUUCAACCAGUGUGGAACCUGCUCCUUCUUUGAGUCGUGCGCCGUGGUGAAGAACUACACUCUGUGGAAAGUGGGAGACUACGGACACGUUUAUGGAAGAGACAAGAUGAAAGCAGAACUCUACAAAAACGGGCCCAUCAGUUGUGCCCUGAUGGCCACCGGCGGCCUGGAGAGUUACUCUGGGGGGGUUUUCUCCGAGUUUCACCCGCUCUCGCUGCCGAAUCACAUCGUGUCGGUGGCGGGUUGGGGGGUGUCGGAGGAGGCCGAGUACUGGAUCGUCAGGAACUCCUGGGGAGAGUUUUGGGGAGAACGCGGCUGGGUGAGAAUCGUCACCAGCUCCUAUAAAGGAGGAGAAGGCAACUGGUUCAACCUGGGGAUUGAGAAACACUGUGUAUAUGGAGAUCCCAUUGUUACAUAGACACACAAAUACACUGAUGAACUCGAGUUGUAGGAAAUAUGUUAAUUUGUGUUUGUUUUGCUGCGAGUUUAAAAAAGAAAAAAGCAAUUUACUGUUUUAUGUGGGUUUUUUUGCAGAAUUAUUUCACGGCUGGUUGAAAUAUUUUUGUGAAUAGUUUGAAGGUGAAUACUUUUUUUUAAACGUCACACUAUUCCUGUGAAUUAAAGGAGGAGAGAUUAGAUCUAUUUUUACAUCAACUCGUGUCAAAUCUGUAAAUGUUUCUAUAAAACUAUUUUUAAAAAUGAAUGCACAAUGCAACAUGUUUAAAUGGUUUAUAGAAGCAUUUUGAAAGCUUUGUUUAUACAUUUUAUUACAUUUAAUGAAUCUAAUGUUAGAGCUGAACCACGUUCAGACAGGAUCUGUGCACGAACCUGCUCCAGCUUUCAGCUUGAAAUGACUCACUCCAGCUCCAUUAUCAUCACAUUUCCACAGGAGCUUCUCCGAGCUCAUUGAAAUUCACCUGUGGUGAAACGCCGUCGGCAGCUUUGAGAGAAAAAAGAAGCUUAAAACUUAACUCUGUGCUCAGCAUCGUCAGAUUUAACACAAUCCGAUCACACAACACUACACACUGAGCAGCCGCCUGCUGCACUUUGUUUUCUCUUCAUAUGUAAAUGUGUCACAUGGAAGUUGUUCUUUGUCGCCUUCAUUUGUUAAGGAAAUGACCGAAUCAGUGUUUUCUGCAGAGUUGAGACACGUCACCCUCUGUGGUGGUUUUACUUUUAGUUUAUUUAGAGUCAUUUUAUUUAAAUCCAACUACUAAAAAUGUAUAUUAAUAAAUGAUGAAACCUUUUUACUCCAUCA